GAAGAGUAUUUACACUAAUCCGAUCUUCAAUUCCCCUCACAUAAACUAGUUGUAAGAAGAUUUCAUCAUUUGAGUGGCCAUAUGGAUUCUAUGAUGAUGAUGAAGAUGAUGAAGAAGAAGAAGCCUUGUGUUCUCAUGUUCCCAUGGUUGGGACAUGGCCAUAUUUCCCCAUUCAUGGAGCUCUCUAAAAAGCUCACCAAAAGAGGCUUUGACAUCAUCCUUUGCUCCACCCCUGCAAACUUCUCCUCCAUCCGGUCCAAACUCGCCCGGGAACCGGAGGCCAACAAAUCCAUCCACCUCGUUGAGCUCCACCUCCCCAGCCUCCCCGGCCUCCCGCCGCCGCUCCACACCACCAACGGCCUCCCGCCGCACCUCAUGCCCGCACUCAAGAAGGCCUUCAACAUGUCCUCCUCCAACUUCCUCGCCAUCCUCGAGUCCCACCGCCCCGACCUGCUCGUCUACGACUUGCUCCAGCCGUGGGCGGCGGCGGCCGCGGCGGUGCUCGGCAUUCCGGCGGUGCUGUUCGUCACGAGCAGCGCCACCAUGUUCUCCCACGUGGUCCACAUGGACAAGAGGCCGGGCGCGGCCUUCCCCUUCGACUCCAUUUAUUACCGGCCGUACGAGGUAAAGGCGGCGGAGAAGUCGGCGUCGUACGAGGAGCAGGAGAGGAAGGACAAGGAGUGCGUCAGGGCGUGUUUCGGCCGGUCUUCGAAUCUCGUAUUGGUCAAAGGUUUUCGGGAGGCCGAGGACAAGUACUUUCAGUACUUGUCUGAGUUGACCGGGAAGAGAAUUCUCCCCGUGGGCCCCUUGGUUCAAGAAGCUGGAGGGGUCGUUGAGGACAACGACCCUUUCAUCGCGUUCUUGAACAGUAAGGAAAAGGGGUCCACUGUUUUCGUGUCCUUCGGGAGCGAGUAUUUCCUCUCAGAGGAAGACACGCACUCCAUUGCGCGCGGGCUCGAGACGAGCAGGGUGAACUUCAUAUGGGUGGUGAGGUUUCCCAAGGGCAAAACGGUCAACGUGGAAGAGGCGAUGCCGAAGGGUUUCUUGGAGGGCGUGAGGGGCCGCGGAAUGGUGGUGGACGGGUGGGCCCCGCAGGCCAGCAUCCUGGCCCACCCGAGCAUCGGAGGGUUCGUGAGCCACUGCGGGUGGAACUCGGUGAUGGAGGGGAUGAAACUCGGCGUCCCUUUCAUUGCCAUCCCAAUGCACCUUGAUCAGCCGAUCAACGCUCGGCUGGUCUCUGAGCUUGGGGUGGGGGAGGAGGUGGUCAGGGACACACACGGCCGCCUCCACCCCAAGACCAUUGCGAGCGUGGUCAACCGCGUCGUGCUCGAGAAAGAAGGGCACAUUGUGAGGGAAAUGGCCAAAAAGGUAAGCGAGAAAAUGAGGGACAACGGGGAGAAAGAAGCCAAUGAAGUUGCAAUGGAAUUGCAUAAAUUGAUUGUCACCUCCAAGCAACCACCAGCCAUCCAUUGUUCCUUUUUGUUUUCUCGUUUCAACAAUGCUCUACCCAUAUUAGGCCUUAAGAGUAACUAAGUGCACGUAAUUAGUGAGUGCCAUACGUGUUAACGUUGUAUCGUGAAGCUGUUUUUUUUGUCUCGCAACGGUACAAUGAAAAGUAAAAGUUUGUAUGACACAAAGGGAACUCUUCUUGAAUUGGAGGACCCUUUUAUCAAUAUAAACUCGUAAUAAUACAAUUUAGAUGUAGCUUGUUAUUUAAGGCUAUAUGUUUUUUUUCCUGAAUGUCUUUGUGCUGAUUUGCUUUAUUUUAUUGUUGAAUGAAGUCUUUGUUCUUUG